AUGCCGAAUCUUGAAAACGAUCUCCAUAAUGGCAAUGGCAUCAAUGGAAACACAAAGAUAGGAAAAGACGGCGACGGUAACCCCCACACCUUUGGCAUCAUUGGCGGCGGGUGGUAUGGGUGUCACAUCGCGACAACUCUUCGCUCGCUCGGCUUUCAUGUCAAAUUGUUUGAACAGCAUAAGCGACUCCUACAUGAAGCAUCUGGCAACAACCAGUUCAGGCUGCAUAUGGGCUUCCACUACGCACGUCACAGUGGUACUCGUAUUCAGUCAAGAGAUGGCUUUCUGCGCUUCGUCGAGCAUUACCCCGAACUAAGCCGCAUCGUGCCCUGCAACCUCUAUGCUGUACCAAGUCAAGAUUCCCUGCUUGAUUACAAUACCUACAAAGCCAUCAUGGCCUCAAGCGGGGUAGCGUUCACCGAAGGGGCACCACCGGGUGUUCCUAUCACUAAUGUCGAUGGCAUCAUGUGUGUGCCCGAGAGGGUUUUGCUGCUGAGUAAGGCGCGUUCUUACUUCGAGUCAGCACUCAAAGGAGCCCUUGAGCUCGGCCGAAAGGUUUCAAGCAUUCAAGAGGUGGAUGAUGGGGUGCUGAUCGACGGUGAGAGCUUUGACUUUGUGGUAGAUGCAACGUGGGGGCACUAUAUGGACCUGGAUCUGCAGGUCAUAUACGAGGCCACUUUGUUGCUCUACUACGAGGGUCCUGCUGAUUUUCCGGCUGUGACCUUGGUCGACGGUCCCUUGGCGUCAGUCUACCCCACUGAAGUGCCGGGGUUUUAUACCUUGUCUAGUGUCCCCCACACACCUCUUGGGCAGUUCAAGACUGCAGCAGAAGCUCGGGCGGCACGGGACGAGGUUAGUCCUGCAACCAUAUCAGCAAAGCGGGCGCUUAUGGAGGAGCAGAUCAUGCACUACCUUCCCACGUUCCUCGAGACAUUCCACUACAUUGGUCCACAGCUUUCCGUCAAGACCAAGCCGCUAGGGGCUUAUGAUGACCGCAGCUGUCGAGUCUCGCGUCACGGUCGAGUGUUUUCCGUCAUGUCAGGGAAGAUUGACACCAUUUUUUUCGCCCAUGAGCGAAUUCUCUCGCUGAUCGGCAAUGGGAGUUGA